AGGCACGCUCACGGUCGGCCCUUUCCCUUCAACCACCGCCGGUAAGCCGAAGGAGUCCGUUGUGCUGAGUAACCGCCUAAGCUCGGGCUCCGACAACGGCCUAAAGCUCCGGCUGGAGUCACUCGCUUCUACAAGGGGCCGGCAGCGGAUAUAGAAACCGGCCAAAACCCGAACACAAGAGAAGAUUUAAUCUACUGCCUGGGCGAUAACCCGCCCUUGCGACCGCUCCUCAGUGACUGAAUUAGAUAGAAGAGAGAAAGAAAGCCUAAGCUAUAGGAACCAGUUGGGAGAGACUACUGGGCGGAGCCUACGCUUCAGUGACCGGCAGCCCUUGAGAACCGACCAAUGAAGUUGCACUCUUCAACUCUGUGUUAGUCUUAGUGAUUCUGAAAAGAAGGCGGGAUCUCUACCGGCGAAGCCAAUCCGAGGGCUUAUGCGGGAGUUCAGUAGAAACUGCGGCAUUUCAGCCAAUUCGGUUGACUGGGUGUCGAGGAGAGGAAGUAAGGAAGGUUUACUUCCGUGUGAAAGGAAGGGCAUGGAGAAUGAGUUCUCAGCGAGGGAACGUGGCUCGCUCGCGAUCCCAACGGCACCAGAAUGUCCAAGUCUUCAAAAACGACAAGUAUGACACAAGUGCGCAGCGUAAGAAAAUUAAUGCAAAACUCCAUGAAGGGGUAUGUCAGCAUUGUAAGGAGGUCCUGGAAUGGCGUGUAAAAUUCAACAAAUACAAACCGUUAACACAGCCUAAAAAAUGUGUGAAAUGUCUACAGAAGACCAUAAAGGAUUCUUACCACAUCAUCUGCAAGUCUUGUGCUUGUGAAUUAGAUCUAUGCGCUAAGUGUGGAAAGACAGAAGAAAUUGUGAUUCCGAUUCAGACUAGUCUAGAAAAGACUGAGAACGAGCCUUCCAAAAAUGAUCAAAGGAGAAAUGGAAGCGGUGAAUUUGAGGAAGGCGAUGAACUGAACAUAAGUCGCAUGGAAGAUGAAGAAAAAGACCUAAAUUUACUCAUGAAGCAUGUUAAAAAUUUAAAAACAGAAGGGACAGGACUUUGAUGAUCUCUCCAAAGACAAGGUUUCAGUACAAAUUCUGUUUCCAGCCUGGAGACUAUAUACCUACAGGAAAGACCAUUGCUUAUCGGACACUUUUGCCAAGAUUGACCACUGUUGUCCACGCACUGGUAACCUCCAGGCUGGAUUACUGUAAUGCACUCUAUGUGGGGCUGCCCUUGAGGUUGGUCCUGAAGCUGCAGCUGGUGCAAAAUGCAGCGGCAAGACUGCUCACUGGGGCAGGGUAUUGCCAACAUGUCACCCCACUGCUGAAAUAAUUGCACUGGCUGCCCAUUUGCUACUGGGCCAAGUUCAAGGUUCUAGUUUUGGUGUACAAAGUCCUAUACAGCUUGGGACCAGGAUACCUGAAAGAGCGCCUUACCCCUUAUAUAACCAGUUGAUCACUGCGCUCUGCUGAUGAGGGCCUCCUGCAGAUACCAUCUUAUCAGGAGGUUCGUUCUGCACAAUAUAGGAAACGGACCUUUAGUGUGGCGGCACCUACCCUGUGGAAUUCCCUCCCCUUAAAUAUUAGGCAGGCGCCAUCUCUGCUAUCUUUUCGGUGCCUUUUGAACACUUUCCUCUUUCAACAAGCCUUUUAAGUUGAGACCUGUCCCGGUCUGCAUCUGUGUUAGAAUUGCUUUUAAUAUGUUUUCUUUAAUAUGAUAUUUUUAACCCUUUUUAAAAAAAAUGUUUUUAAAGCUUUUUUUGUUUUGUUUUUAGCGUUGUUUUGUGUUAAUGUAUUUUGAGGUCUUUUUAUUAUGUUUUAAAGUGUUUUUAGCAUUUCUGUUUGCCGCCCUGGGCUCCUGCUGGGAGGAAGGGUGGGAUAUAAAUCAAAUAAUAAAUAAAUGAAUAAAAUAAAUAAA